AUCUUCAUUUUUCUUUUUCAUUUAUUUCUUCAAAUUUUCUUCCAUUUCAAUCAAUCAAUCAAAUAAUCUUCGAAUGUGUAAUAGAAUUCGUUAUCAAAUCAUUAAUCUUUACAUCAAUGUAUGUGGUAUUGAUGUUGGUGAACAAUAUGUACGUAUGAUGUCAAAAGAAACGUUAAAUAAUCGGCUUGGUUUGUUGGCAAAUUUUGAAAAACAAGUAAAAAAAUUACAUUUAUUCGAUGAUCAUCAAGAUGAUAAAUAUUUAGAUUUAGAAUGGAAAAAAUGGUUCAAAUUUAGUAAUGAAAUGUGUAUUAAACUAAGGAUUUAUUGUGUCGAUCGUUUUGAUAAUGAAUUAUCAAAUGAAAUGCGUAAUGAAUUGAAACAAAUAUUAAACAUUCCGAAUGAUUGGAAUAAAGAAAACAAUCAAUCAACCAAACAAAUUGAUCAAUUUAUUCAAAUGAUUAAAACAUUACAAGAAUUAUGGUAUGUUGUUGAAUCUGUACAUGAAACAAUAAUGAAAAAUGGUUGUCAUGAUUAUUUUAUAUGGUUAUGUGGUGAAUUUUCCAAAAUUCUUAUAUUUCAUAACAAUGCAACGAGUGCAAAAGAUUCAUUCACAUUUGUACAUUUAUUCAGUACAAAAUGUCGUAUCGUAUUUUUUGAUUUUUGUCGUGAAGGUAUCUAUCAAGGAUAUAAUGAUAAUGUACGUAUGAUCAAUUCGGAAUUAAUAACAAAAUUAUGUCGUUCUGAUUUCUUACCAAAAAAUUUGAUAUUUGUUUGCUGUAAAUAUCUACUUAAAUUGAAGAAAAAAAUUCAUAUCAAAUGUUUUAUACGAAUAAUUCAAUGGUUUGAUUUGAAAUUAUUUAUACAUUUUCUAAUGAAAACAUAUACAAAUGAAUCAAAACAAAAAUAUAUUCGAUCAAUAUUUGAUGAUAUUGAUCAUAUUAUCGAAUCCAAACAUCAAUCACCUUCUAAUCAUCAAUUAUCAACCAAAAUGAUUUCAACAUUGAAACAAAUUUUGGAAUUGAAAAAAAAAUUAGAAGUUUAAUCAUCAAAAAAAAUCAACAACAAAAAAAAAUGUUUUCAAAAAAAAAAUCGUUUUUAUCCUAAUCCUGUCGCCAUCUAUUAUCGAUUGAUUAAUAUAAUUCGAAUGU